UGUUUGACCCGAACUUGGACGUAUCAGAUUGCAGUAUGCGUACAACCCAACCUCAAUGAAUACCGCAACUUCUCACAACAUCUAGCCCUAAUCGGCAAUCUCAGCAUUGAAUGCAUAGGGAACUGGGCUGUCAGUCUUCGACCGCUGUUUGAUCGGAUUUGUUAUUUUCAUUGACCUGAGAGAGAAGCACGCAGUUCUCCAGGCCGCCUCAACGGUCGCAACUCGCCCAAGAUGUCACUCCAAGUCAGAGGCCCCGACUUCUCGGUGACGAAGCAGAAGGCCCUCGAAGAUGCGAAAAAGAUGCAAGCGGCGGUGGACGAUGAGGUGGCCAAAGCUGGACAGGAUAAGCCGCCAUAUCUUCUCAAUGAACUCAUUGGCAAGGGAAGUUUCGGUCGCGUCUAUAAAGCAACCGACAUCAACACUAGCAUGCUUGUUGCGGUCAAAAUCAUCGACAUUGAAGAGAGCGACACCGUCAACCCCAAGCUUGCCGACACCUUCAAGGAAUUUUUGGCCGAGGUCAACGCUUUGAAGCUUCUCAGUGACAGCGGCGCAAGGAACAUCAAUCAUGUCAUCGACGCAUUGCCCGUCGGCCAAUCCAUGUGGAUGAUCACGGAAUACUGCGCUGGAGGAAGUGUGGCAACACUCAUGAAGCCGACCGCCCCCGGUGGUCUGCAAGAGAAGUGGAUCAUCCCAAUUCUCAGAGAGGUCUCUGAAGCCGUCUUCUGGGUUCAUCGGCAAGGCAUCAUUCACCGCGAUAUCAAGUGCGCCAAUGUUCUAGUUACUGAGGCUGGCGGAGUGCAACUUUGCGAUUUCGGAGUGGCCGGUGUCAUUGAGACGAAAUUUGACAAGCGAUCGACCUUCAUCGGAACCCCUCACUGGAUGGCUCCUGAACUUUUUGAUCAGUCAACAUCGUAUGGAACAGAGGUGGACAUUUGGGCAUUCGGCUCCAUGGUUUUUGAGAUUGCUUCUGGCUUACCGCCAAACGUCAUGGCAGGCGUCGACGUAUAUCAGCUUGGAAAUUACAUCAAGGCACACACGCCUAGAUUGGAGGGCGACCAGUACUCCGACCGACUGAAGCAUUUGGUCGCCUACUGUUUGGAGGAGGAUCCGACCAAGCGACCGACAAUUGAAGAAGUACAAAACCACCCUUAUAUCGCCAACUCGACCCAAGAAUACCCGGCAGCAUCACUAGCAUUACUAGUGAGAGGAUUCAAGCUUUGGGAGUCUCAAGGUGGCAGCCGUAAAUCACUAUUUGCUCCUGGAGGAGCCCAGGGCAUGUCUGGCAUGGAUGAGUCCGAUUUCUCAUCCACUGCGAUGGCCAACGACGAAUGGACUUUCAGCACAACAAUGGCGUUUGACCAACAGGUCUUCCAAGAUACGGAUACUCAGGCAGUCUACGAUGUGUACGGCUCAAACGUGGAAUUCGACCCUAUGCUUCUGGACGACAUGUCUCGAUCCAAGCCGAAGUCGCGGCGUAGACCGCCACCUCAGCAACUUGCCGCCAUGAAGGCUCCUUUAGAGAAAGUGUUUGACCCGAACACCAUAUCCAACUAUGAAGACAACUCCCGGGCAUACUAUGGCAGGCCAAUCCCUCCACCAACUUCAGAUCUUCCGUUGCGAGACGAUUCACUCCAGUCAACAGCAGUGAGAGAAUCGCUCAUCGACCUAGACGCUUCACUUCACGGCGGUGAUCUGUCCAACUUUGUGGAUAUGAACACCAUCAGAGCCGGCGCACCACGCGUAUCUGUCGAUUAUCACAUGGGCGACGAGCCAGACUUCAGCAAAGCACCUUCGAGCGACCCGGCGGAUCUGAACCCGAACAGAAGGACACAGGACUGGAAGUUUCCUUCAAUGGCGCCUCCGGCUUCCGCGAACCCGGAAAUGUCGAGGUUCCCCUUCAACGAAGACCGACCCUUCCACGAAGAUAGGCCCUCAUGGGAUAACCCUUCGGGACCCAGCUCUGCCUCGCGCCCGCAAAUGUUCCACCACCAGACCGAUCCUGUCCCAGCUCCUAACUAUGGCGGCGACUUGAUGGUUCCCCGGCCUGGCUCACAGAUGAACAACAGAGAGUCCACGGGGAGCUUAAUCGACCUCGACAUGGGCUUGGCCGAUAUGGAUGAACUUAUGGUUCCGCCUCCCAGUAACAUGAAUAACCGUGUAUCGACUGGUAGCUUGAUCGACCUCGACAUGGGCUUGGCCGACCCCAUGCCGGAGCUAACUCGCCCUUCAACGGCAAACUCAGAUGUCGCAUCUGUCAGCGGCUCAGAGAUGGGAAUGGCAAACCCUUUCGACCUGGAGCGCCAUGCUUCUCUUUACGUGCCCAUGUCAAACCGAGAGCCAUCCCUUUAUGUUCCGACAUCGAACAGGGAGCCGUCUCUUUAUGUACCAACAUCAAACCGAGAACCAUCAAUCUACGUCUCAGACGAUUCGGAUUUCGCCUCACGCGCUCCCAAAGACGACGAUCAACUAAGCCUCGUCGACCUCUCCCUAGCUGAGCCUGGUGCCACCGUUCGGCCCAACGGUCAGGGUGGGCUGCGACUCAAUACGCAUCGCUCCUUCAACAGCGUCAAUAGUGCCGACUAUUCCGACCCCGAGUAUCUGACUCCACAGCAGGCCGCCCAGCCAGCCCUGCCGCCAGGUAUCCCGCGAUCAGUAGGGAACCGGGACAGCGGCACUCUUCCUCUGCCUCCCCCACCAGCGCCGCCAUCUGUGGAGGUCAUGCAAGGUUCAGCGAGCGCAGACGCCGUGAAGGAAGAGCUGAGGAGAAUGGCGAUGAGUCUGGGUGAGCAUUUGAGCCACGCGAACCAGUAUCUGUCGACGCUCCCAGUGCGUAAGGGCGGAAGGCAGGACCUGAUGGGUGAAUCCACGUGAGGGGGUUGAUAUGUUUGGCUUUGUUUUAUACGCUUGGGAAGCAGUACGAAAAUACGGCGAGGAUCUACUUAUGUAGUUAUGGAGCAUUGGCGUUGGAGGUGUAUGGACUAUUGAGGAAGGACAUGUAUGACUACUCUGAGUUGGAUGCUAGGUUGGCAUGGGCAAUUUUUGUUUUGAGCGAGAAG